UCCUCCCCCAGCCCCGGGCGGACGGGGUGGAUCCAGCUCACUCCCCUCCCCCGAGUGCCGCGGCGGCGGCCGGCGCUAAAUGAGAGACGCCGACUGCUCGGGUCGCCGGGCGCUAGCCUAGGCGGCGGUGGCGGCGGAGCGUGACGCCGGCGGGUCUUCCAUCCUCCGAGGCGACGGCCGCGGCCGCACAGGAACAAUGAUGUAUGUGUGGGCUUGGACGUGAAGCAGCCAGUCCGUCGUCCGUGCCGGCAGCCCAGCGCCGGGCGGAUGUUGCGGGGAGAUGGACCUGACCAACGGGCAGGCGAGCGGUGCGAACACCGCGGCAACCGCUUCCGAGAAAAGUAGCAGUUCUGAAUCAUUAAGUGACAAGGGUUCUGAAUUGAAGAAAAGCUUUGAUGCCGUGGUAUUCGAUGUUCUUAAGGUUACACCAGAAGAAUAUGCGGGUCAGAUAACGCUAAUGGAUGUCCCAGUAUUUAAAGCCAUUCAACCAGAUGAGCUUUCAAGUUGUGGAUGGAAUAAAAAAGAAAAAUACAGUUCUGCACCAAAUGCAGUUGCCUUCACAAGAAGAUUUAAUCAUGUAAGCUUUUGGGUUGUCAGAGAGAUUCUUCAUGCUCAAACAUUAAAAAUUAGAGCAGAAGUUUUGAGCCACUAUAUUAAAACUGCUAAGAAACUGUACGAGUUGAAUAACCUCCACGCACUCAUGGCGGUGGUCUCGGGCUUGCAGAGCGCCCCGAUUUUCAGGCUGACGAAGACCUGGGCGUUGUUAAGUCGAAAAGACAAAACCACCUUUGAAAAGCUAGAGUAUGUCAUGAGCAAAGAAGACAACUACAAGAGACUCCGAGACUACAUAAGCAGCCUGAAGAUGACGCCCUGCAUCCCCUACUUAGGUAUCUAUUUGUCAGACUUAACAUACAUCGACUCGGCCUACCCGUCAACUGGCAGCAUUCUAGAAAAUGAGCAAAGAUCAAAUUUGAUGAAUAACAUCCUUCGGAUAAUUUCUGAUCUGCAGCAGUCGUGUGAAUAUGAUAUCCCCAUAUUGCCUCACGUACAAAAAUAUCUGAAUUCUGUUCAGUACAUAGAAGAACUGCAGAAGUUUGUGGAAGAUGAUAAUUACAAGCUCUCGUUGAAGAUAGAACCUGGAACGAGCACACCCCGCCCUGCCGCCUCUCGGGAGGAUCUCGUAGGUCCUGAAGUGGGGUCCCCACAGAGUGGGAGGAAGAGCGUGGCCGCCGAGGGGGCCUUGCUGCCACAGACGCUGCCCUCGCCCCGGAACCUGAUCCCGCACGGCCACAGGAAGUGCCACAGCCUGGGCUACAAUUUCAUUCACAAAAUGAACACGGCAGAGUUUAAGAGCGCCACGUUCCCGAACGCGGGGCCCAGGCACCUGCUCGACGACAGCGUCAUGGAGCCCCACGCGCCCGCCCGUGGCCAGGCUGAAAGUUCCACUCUGUCCAGCGGGAUAUCGAUAGGUAGCAGUGAUGGUUCUGAACUAAGCGAGGAGACCUCAUGGCCUGCGUUUGAGAGGAACAGAUUAUACCAUUCUCUCGGCCCGAUGACCCGAGUGGCACGAAAUGGCCAUCGAAGCCACAUGAAGGCCAGCAGCUCUGCAGACUCCGAAGACCUGGCGGUGCAUUUGUACCCAGGGGCCGUUACUAUUCAAGGUGUUCUCAAGAGAAAGACUUUGUUAAAGGAAGGCAAGAAGCCGAAGGUGGCGUCUUGGACAAAAUACUGGGCAGCCUUGUGUGGGACACAGCUCUUCUACUACGCUGCCAAGUCGCUCAAGGCCACCGAGAGAAAACAUUUCAAGUCCACGUCGAACAAGAACGUGUCCGUGGUGGGGUGCAUGGUGAUGAUGGCGGACGACCCGGAGCACCCCGACCUCUUCUUGCUCACUGACUCGGAGAAAGGAAACUCUUACAAGUUUCAAGCCGGCAACAGGAUGAACGCCAUGCUGUGGUUCAAGCACCUGAGCGCCGCCUGCCAAAGCAACAAACAACAGGUUCCUACAAACUUGAUGACGUUCGAGUAAGGGCCUCAGCGGGAAGAGAGGUGAGCUGCCGCCCCCAGUGAGAGCGGGGACCCACCUGCGGGGCGAGCGCCGGCUGAGGGCUGAGGACCGGCCCUGGGCCAGGAGCGCCCGGAGCUCCCGGCUCGCGGCCCCGGGGGUUCGCCACCCACACCGCACUAACUCCGGGGAGUGAAGCGAGCCGUUCCCGGAGGACCGCCUGGACUCGCAAACAAACUGCCAUGGACCACGCCUCUGAUCUCGGGACUGCCCUGUGGAAACCACUGCCUUAAAGAGUGAGAGGAGAACCACCAUGCGACAACACCAAAUAGUGUGUGUGAAUCUUCUGGCGGUGCUGUGCUUGGAGUAGAUCAUAAAUCGCAUUUCUUUUUAGAUCUGUUAGAUCUAAAUAGAUCUAAUUUGCUUUUC